AUGUCAGACGAUCUAUUCACAGACGCAAUUCAAGAUUACGACACCACAACCAACCCAUACAUUCGAGGUCUCUGCGGUGAGAUAUGCGAUCACUUGAAAAUGCUCGCUGAAGCAUGGCGACCGCCGACAAUUAAGAGAGGCGACGUUGAUAGCAAGUUUCCGGGAUAUGCCAAAGGGGCUCAAGAAGCCAGCGAUAUCUUCGGGUCUUAUAUUCAAGAAUUGGAAGACGCGAUUGACAUCCUCUUUGACUUAGCAGACAGGCUGCCAGUUGUACCUGACCGCUUCGAAUACGACAGGGAGUUGACGACGCCAGGUGGCAUGGCUAGGGCGCAUACACACUAUCUCGUCACGACUCGCACCUACCCCAUGCGCUUCGACAUGACGACAGAACAGACCAGAAGCGUAGAUGUGAAGGAAUGCAAACGACGCAUGAUCGAUGCGGCUGUCAGGUUUCGAGACAUGCGGACAGAGGCACUGGAGAUCUCUGACAAGUAUUUUGCGGUCUUGCAGCAAGCUGGAUAUGAGGCCGAAGAUGUUUACGGCGAGGCUAUCAGAUCCUCUCUUCCUACUGCUGUUCAGCUGCCACAAUUCGACCCUGCGGCAGAGGCUGAUGCCACGAGUGGAGGUGUCAAUGAGGGAUCUGACCAGGGGAUGUCGGAGGCACGCAGAUUGUUCACUGAGGAGCGCAUUUCGAGAGCGAACUCCGUACAGUACGCACAUAAGCUCAAAGCAGGCCCCUUAGCUGCAGCACCGAGAGGCCAGCUCAGAGAUCACUAUCAAGACAUGCCUUACACAAUCCAACCUGGCGGUUACAUUGACCCCACCUCGAACUCCGGCUCCGGAGACAUCGAACUCGACCCCAGCGCUACAGGUAGUGUCAUGCGGUUUGCUCUCGGCUUCGAAACCAUGGCCAACGCCAUCGGCGGAACCUGGAUGGUCUUCUUCCCUCAGAGCUUCUUGGGUAUGCUUGUGAAUUCACCCUCUGAUGUCACGCCCACCGCAGUGACAUGGACACAAGUCACUGGUGCUUUGGUUUAUGCCCUGGCUACUCCUUUGAUCCUGGGCGUACCAAACACUAGACGCGGCAUCGAAAGUAGAGCACCUACCUACUACACCCUCUCAGCUGGCGAGGUUGGCGUUGUGGCCGUAGCGUUGUACAAAGCCUUCGUGUACGGAGACGACAGCGGAUGGAGCAGGAAUGCUUUGCUUGCCGCCAGUUCGGUUUUGCUUCCUACUCUGGCAUGGAGAUUUUACGUGCUCUUUGGCAAGCCUGAGUGGAUCGGUAGAUAUCGCGAGGUUGCACGCAAGGGUAAAUAG